AUGGCGUCUGCAGGGGCGAUAUGGGGUCCAGCAACCCUUCGCCUUCUGCGCAUCGCCGCAUCCAAAACAACAAGGGUGAUCCGCACCAAGCUGUCCGAGGCAACGAGGCCUCUUCAAUACCACGUGCAGCACGCCCCUGCAAGAAGCGGCUUCGCCAGUCGACAACCAAUUCACCCUGCGGCACAGUGGAAGCAGUAUAAGCGUGGCGCAAAAUGGCUUUCCAGCAACACCGCAAAGAAUAUCAACAAUGCGCUGCGGAGGUUCAUGAGCUCGGAGCCAGCCUCGGCCGCCCGUUUCGGCCGAGGUAGGCUCCCGACCUCGAACACGUCUCGGCGAGUUGCCCAGUUCUCUGGAAGAGCUCCGUUUGCGACGACUCUGCGUCCGAACCUGACAGGGGGUGCCAUGCCCCGAACUGCCGGAGGCUACAGCCUGGGCGGUGGUGGUGCGCGCUAUUUCUCGCACGCGCCCGCUGCUCAGGCUCAGGUUGUGCACAACGUCUCCCAGGCCGUGAGAGCCUUCUUCUUCUCCGGCCAGAAGAUAAGGUAUGACGGCGUCGGGCCGCGCGGCGACCGAAAGUACCGAGCCGUGUCGAAAAUUGAGGACGAAGCUAUCCGGAAGCUGGCCGACAUUCCCCGCUCGCAGCCGGGUUCCUUCAUCGACUUUCGUCUCAGCCCAACCAUGACAGCUCUCAGCCCUCUCGCGGCCGCCAUUACGUACCCUUCCGAGACGGCCCACCGUGCCGUCGGCACUGCUGCCCCGGCUAGCCUGAACACGCCGGGAUUUCUCGACGUCUUGUCUGCCGAUUUCGGCCGGGCCUUGCAUGAUCUCACAUCAGUCUAUGCCGAUCUCCGGCGGCUUGCCGUUCUUGGUGACCUGCCGAUCGUGCAGGAGAAGAACGACACGCUUCGAGUUCGAUUCCCCGGGGUUGACGCCGCUACGGUUGAGCAGCUUUGCAACGAUUUUGGCAUCGAGCGAGGUAUCGUCGGGCAGGAUCCGGACUUUGACUUGGCCGUCGGUGUGCCCGUGGCACUCAAGUUCCCCUUUGCUCCGGACAGCAGCAAGGCUCUGACGUCUCCCGGGGGCUCGGAGCGAUCAUUGGAAAGCCUCGAUUUUGAUAGCAUGUCGUCGUCCGAAGCCGAUCUCUUUGUGAGGGAGUCGCUUGUUCAACAGAUGGAAGAGAACCCGUGGCUUUCGGACCCUGAGGGCUAUGAGACCAUGUCGUCUGCCCUUCGGCCAGCCGAGCCUGGCUCGGAAGAGUUUGAGGGUCUGGAAGGAAUCUAUCGUUUCUUGGAGGAAUGCGAUCGUGGCCGUGGCAGAUUGGGAUAA